UGCGCAGUAUCCGUAAUAUAAUCAAACCAACCUUGCAAAACAACUAAUACCGACAAUACAGUUUGGGUUUAUUUAUAUCAAAGAGAAAUUAAUUACUGAAGCAAAAAUGAAUGUGCCAGUCAUGGGAAUUCAACCGCAGCAACCUGUGCCUGUACAACAACAACCUCAACAACCUUUGCAGCCCUUUGAUAAUAUAUCAAAGAUUAAAUCUUUGGUUGGACCAUUGCGAGAUUCACUUUCUAAUACCAUCAAGACAGCUGCCCAGGUUUUAAAUCAAAAUUGUCAAGUAGAUGUUGGAUCUUUGAAAGGAGUAGAUGGCCAAAUACCAAGAUUUGACAAAAAUCUUGAAGAAUUCUACUCACUCUGUGAUCAAAUUGAAUUACAUCUCAAGACAUCCAUCAAAGCCAUCUCUCAGGGUGAAAGUUCCAGCAGAUAUCUGCCAAUGCCUGUUGUUCCUACAAGAACAGAAAACUUGGGGAUUAGUGACAACACAUUGACUUAUCCACAGUAUCUAGCCACAGUAAAUGCUCAAGUAUCAUAUGCCAAGGAGAUUCAUAAUACUUUGGUGGCUGCAGCACAAAACAUAUCACCAUCAGACUGAUAUUAUCUGUAUGACAAUGGAAACAUGUAAAUGUUAUACUCGUAUGUAAUAAGUUUAUGUGUAGGUAGAAUAAGAUAAAUAUAUUUUUACUUUACUUUUUGACAAAUUUAUUAUAUAAAUAUGAGAAAAACUCUUAAAGCAUAAAUGGAUAUUGCAGUAUCAAUUUUUCUCAGUUCUAAAGUAUUUAAUAUAAAUAAUUACAUUAUUUCUAGAUUCUAUGCUAUCAUUUGUCUUGAAAUAUUAUAUAAAGUACCAAAUCAUAUGAUUCCACUUUUAUACAAAUGCCAUUCUAGCAGCAAUCAUGUAAAAAAUUGUGAUAGCCAUGUAAAACAAAUACAAUCUGAUAUUAUGUCAUAAAUUCUCUAAGUCAGAGACAGAAAUUAAGUUUUUGUCCAGGUUAUAUGUUGAAAUUUUUGUUCAUCAAAAUUUCUUGCGCUCAUCCACAAUGCCUGUAACCGUCGAUGUCGAUGUCUGCGAACAGGAAGUUGAGAUUUCCGUCGAUGGCGUGGAGGUGGAGGCCGAGCCCCAUUUUCAAUGUGGGCCCCAUUGCGGGCAACACCCUCCUUUCCUCUUCAUCCUUUGGUACAUCACACUCGCAGUGCUGAAAAUAAUAAAGGAAGGCGGCGGUAGCUAAAUGCACAUUCCACGAAUUCAUCGAUUGCGACAUCCAAGAAAUCAACUCAGGACGAGUCAACUUCAGGCAAACGGAAAUGAAUAUCUGUAUCCAAUAAUUAAAUAAAACCACCAGUGAAGCGCA